GUUUGUUUUUGGCGCGUGAAGAAUAUUUGAUGAGCUGUCUUUUUUUUAUUUUAUUUCUGUUGUGACGCGGUUCCGUGAAGGAAACUGCCAAGAUGCGCAGACUUGUUGAUGGCACAUGGUGGAAUGGAGCUAAUAGCUUUUUAUGAAAUACGUUAAUUUCUUCAAGGGAUCGUUGAUUUUUUCGAUUAAUAGUCUUUUAUGGUUGGUGAACGAACUAAGUAAAGAUAGGUUUCAAGAUUUAGAAGUAAUAGGCAUAUUAAUCGUGAAAUAACCAAGAAUUCAAAGGAAUGAUGUUGAAAAUCAUUAUAAAUUAGGAAGGUGUGGAAAUACUGGAAAGCAAAAUGCUAAUCACUGAUUUAUUUGAUAUGAUUUUGAAGGUUUAUGCAUGUACUUACUACUUAGUUUACUUGAAUUAUUAUGCUGUUAACAAUGAAUUUCUAUAAUUAAAAUACCAUUUUAAUGAAAACAGCAUCAGAAACAUUUUUUUCAGUGUAUGUUUUUAAUAAAUAAUUAAAUACUGUAUAUGAACAACUUUUUCAAUGUCUGGUUAAUAGUCUGAUGGGUUUUGUGGAAUUUGCAUUACUAUAUUCUUUCGUGUUUUCCAAUUGUAAUAAACAUUAGCCUUGCAAAACUUUUUAAACCACUAUAAUGAAUUGCCCAUGAAGAAUUAACUUUAUUGAACUUUUUAUAAAGGAAUAUAAGACAGAUGGUAGACGUUGGCAGGCUCUUGAGGGUUUCGAGAAGUUUCCAACAGUUGUAAAAGUCUGUCUACACCUGGCUGUGUUUUGUUCCCAUUCAAAUAAGGAAAAGAACUUGGUCGGUAAGCAAUUUACCAACUUCUUAAAACCAUAUGUCGGUUUAUUUGUUUCGGAAUCAUAUUCUCAGAAUCUCAGCAUACGAAUAGAUUCAAUAGAAAUGUGCCACCUUAAACAUCAGCAUUGUUUAGACCCAAAGGUUUAAGAGUUGAGGAGUGAUCAGAGCAAUCAAUAAUCGUGAUAAAUCACACACAAGACAAUAUUUUGUACAAAAUGAAACUGAGAUUCGAUACAAAGUAGUUGUAUAUAAUAAAAUUUGGAAUCGAUCUCCAGCUCCCAAUAUAACUCUGCAUGGUGAUCCUUGUUCUAUUGUCUACGGGUUUAUGAUAAAAUCUUUAGUUUUUUUUAUAAAAAAUUCUAAUUUAAGCAUCAGGCUUAACCUUAGGAACCCACACGUUGAUCUAUACACAAGUUUUUAUUUUGACGUAUAAAUGUAUAUACAGUACCUAAGACUAUCCUGCUGUGCAAGUGUGCAACGUACGUCAUCUCUUAUAUCUAUAAUUUCUUCCGAACUAGUGCACUAGUACAAAGACAAACAACAUCACAUCCAUUUCAUGAUCUCUAUUUGAUUUUAAGAGGUUCCGAGACAAUACGCUCUAACUCAAAAUACCAAAUUAUUGGGAGCUAUAUGCAGCAAAGGCUCCAAAGCACUAGGAGCAAACUUCCUCGCAAAGAUAUAACACAAGGAAAUGUAAUUAACGACUAUGUACGAUCAGUUUCCUCCAUCAAAGAUUUUUUUCAAAGAACUUCUCCGUAAUGUUCCAUCGCCCAAACAUAGCCGGGUGGGGACCGUCCCUAGACCAGUCCACACGUCAAGCUUCGGUUAGCCACCACCACUGUCUUAUUAAUUGUCAACAUGGUCGGGAGAUAAUGCUCGUCCACAUAGCAAACAAACCUACAAAACUAUUUGAAUUUUGGGUAAAACAAUGUGUCUUUGACAAUGGUAGCUGCGAGGUCCCGUCUUAUUUCAAACCAUUUAGACCCUUUUCGCCGUUUGGUGAUGGGAACUUCAGGGUUGAUGUUCUCGUUGUAGCGGCCUCGGCCGAUAGGUUAAGGGUCACAAACGCACCCAUGAAGCUGGGUUUGAUUGGCUUAAGUAGCAAAUUAUGCAUCAAAACAGCAAGAGGUUGUAUCCAAUUUACAUAAACCUUUCGUCCUCCUCACGGCAUGACAAAAAAGUAGAAGUAACCGUGGUUACUACACUUAGUAUUCCAGUAUAUUCAGAGCAUGCCCAUCCAUGAAAUACCCAUAUGUGGUAUCUCGAACAAAACAAAUAAUAAUAUUAAAAUGUAAUAUGGUGUUUGAUUAUUUUUUUAUUUAUAAAGAAAAACAAAAUCAAUCAGGGAUUGCCAUGUGUGAGAUGAAUAUGGUAAGUUUAUCUCAAAGUUUUUUAAAUAAAAUAUUUUGACACUCUUUCUCCUUUUUCUUUUUAAAAAAAUCUGAUCAAAAUUUAAUUGUAAGAACCCUAUCGAGAUAUUCGAUUGGGAAUUUGGGAUGCUCAUAUAAACUCAAAAACAAUAGUGGAAACACAAUAGUGAUUUAUGCGAAGAGAUAAGCUAUUCUAUUUACUAAAGAGAAAAGGAAAGAGUUAGAGAUAUUUAUAGAUAUUGGGAGCAGCUAUGAAUAUUUAUAGAUAUUUUCCUUUUUACCAUCUCAAAACUAUAACUUACUAAUACAAAAAAAUGUAAAAACAAAGAAAAGGAAAAGGGCCGAAUUAAUAAACUCUUAAUAGAAAGAGGAAAAUCGUGAUGGAAAAUAUCUUUAAAUACAGGAGACUCAAAUAAUGUUACAAACAUAUAUUUGAUUACAAGGCUUCGUCUUUUAAACGAGUUCCAAGUUUCUCCCAUCAUGUACUCCGAUAAUGACAUGCUCGAUGCCUACGAUGAGGAAUCGGGAGAGUAUGAUCUUUACAGCGACGUUGAUGAUGAACACGACCCCCAUGGUGGUGAAGACGAUUCCGAUUACAUUCUUGAGGAAGUCGUGGACGAUUCUAUAACUCAUGGCUCUCAGAUUAAUUACGUCGUACUCAAGGAAGAAGACAUCCGGAAACGACAGGAGGAUGAUAUCAAACAACUCUCUACGGUCCUCUCCAUAACCAACGCAGAAGCUAGCGUUCUCCUUCUCCACUACCGCUGGAACGUUAGUAAACUUACUGACGAAUGGUUUGCCGACGAAGAGAAAGUUCGGAGAACUGUUGGCGUAUUGGAGGGAGGAGGAGGAUCUGUUGUUAUUGGAAAUCAUCGAAAAGUUAAAUGCGGAAUAUGCUUUGACAAAUUUCGUCGUAAAAAGAUUGUACCCGUAGUGUGCGGUCAUACAUUCUGUUCUACAUGCUGGAACGGUUACAUCACCACAGCAAUCAACGACGGCUCGGGAUGCUUGAUGCAAAAGUGUCCCGAGCCGUCUUGUCACAUUGCUAUCGGCCGUGACCUGGUAGAGAAGGUGGUUUCUGAGGAAGACCUGAGGAAAUACGAUCGGUAUUUUCUCAGGUCUUAUAUCGAAGAAAGUAAGAAGAUGAAGUGGUGCCCCGCUCCCGGAUGUGAGGGCGCGGUCGAUUUUUCCUCGAGCGGGACGGGUAUUAACUACGAUGUUUUGUGCUCGUGCUCGCAUAGAUUCUGCUGGAACUGCAACGAAGACGCUCACAGCCCCGUGGACUGCGACAUGGUUUCGCAGUGGAUAAUCAAGAACAGCGCGGAAGCGGAGAAUACCACGUGGAUACUUGCUAACUCGAAGGCUUGCCCCAAGUGCAAGCGGCCGAUCGAGAAGAACCACGGAUGCAUGCACAUGACGUGCGGUCAGCCUUGCAAGCAUCAGUUUUGUUGGCUUUGUCUCGGCGCGUGGAAAGAUCACGGGGGACGCACGGGCGGAUUUUAUGCGUGCAACAAGUACGAGGAGGAUAAGAAAGAAGGACUGUACGAUGACUCUGAGAAGAAGCGGCAGAUGGCGAAGAGCUCGCUGGAGAGGUACACUCAUUACUACGAACGAUGGGCGAGCAAUGAAAAGUCGAGGGGGAAGGCUUUUGGAGAUCUACAGGUCUUCUUAACGGAGAAGAUUGCGAAGCUUAGUGUGGUUCAGUGCAUACCGGAGACUCAGCUGACGUUCAUCACAGAUGCGUGGCUUCAGAUCAUCGAAUGCAGACGGGUGCUGAAAUGGACGUAUGCGUAUGGGUAUUAUCUACCUGAAUCUGAGCGUGAGAAGCGGUGUUUCUUCGAGUAUGUGCAAGGGGAGGCCGAGUCUGGUUUGGAGAGGCUCCACAAAUGCGUUGAGACAGAGGCGGAGGUGUUUCAGGAUGCUGAAGAGCGGUCGGAACUAGGCUUUACCGCUUUCCGGGAGAAAUUAAGUAAUUUGACCAGCGUGACGAAGAGACACUUUGAAACUCUGGUGAAAGCUCUGGAGAAUGGUCUCUCUGAUGUCGAGUCUCAAGCGGCUUGCACCAAAGAAACAGAAUCAUUCAAAAGAGAAAUAAAAAGCAAAGAAACAAAGUCUAAAAAAAGGCGACGUGAGAGGUAAAAGGAAGUUACGUUGUUCUGCUAAUAUUCUCAAUUUGUCUACACACGUUUUGUACUAAACGACCCUGGUGACUAUUUUUUAUGAAUUUUUUUGGAGUAUUAUGAAUUUGUGAGUAGGAAUGAGCCAACCAAAAAUGUGUAAGGUACGAUUAGUGUUACAAUCAUUGAGAAUGAUAGUGUUCAUGUGAGAUACAUUUUUUUAUUAUUAGAUAGUAGAAUCAUAAAACAAAGCUGGGAGUCUCUUCUGAUUAAAGGUCACACAGGAUAGAUAUAUUCUCCAUAGAGUCGAAUGAAACACAUAACUUGUCGUUCUAUGAACAAUAGAAAAUUCAAACCAACAAAUAAUACUCUCUUCUCUCAUUUAAAACGCAAGCCACCGAACAGAUUUGUCCCAUCAAUCAAGAGCAAGAACAACAAACUCUCAU